AUGAACGGUGUGAGGGUCUUGCUGGUCCUCUCAGUCUCAGGCGUCCUCCAUGGGGUCGUGUCCCUGAGGUUGUACCAUCAACAGAACCAGGACCGGACCUGGUCUGAGGCUGUGUCCGACUGUGCCGCCCUGAACCUGACUCUGGCCUCGAUCCGGACCUCGGACCAGAACUCUGCAGCCAGACCGGACUCGGGGAAGGUCUGGACCGGUCUGAGCCGGGUAUGGGACUGGACGGGGGCGGGGCCUGCUGAGCCGAUCUCAGCCAAUGAGGAGUGGUUUGAGCAAUGGGCACCAGAUGAGCCCCGGGACAAGAAGAACUGUACCGCCCUCCGCACCAGCGACGGACUCUGGGUCUCUAAGGAUUGUACCGAGACCCUGAGGGCCAGCUGCUAUAGAGAAUCGGACCAGACUCACUGGAUCCUGGACCAGUCCCUGGAGUGGAAACAGGCCCGGUCUCAGUGUAAGGCAAACUUCACCAACCUCAGCUCCGUCCUGAACCAGAACCAAACCCAGGAUAUCCUCCAGGCGCUCCAGACGCUGGACCAGGCAGGGGAGGAGGUCUGGAUCGGGCUGUACCUGCGGUGGCUUUGGGUGGAUGGGUCCUGGGUCCGGUGGUCUGGGUGGGACCAGGACCCUCUGGACUCGGAUAAAGGCUGCAUGGUUCUGGAUCACAGCGGGAAGUGGGACCAGGAGAAAUGUGAACAACGGUUCCCUUUCAUCUGUCACCAAGAUGUUCCGGAGGUGAAAAUGAAAAGAACCAAAGUGAAGCUCCGUCUAAGUUCUGGAUCCGCUGAUCUCACUGACCCCAAGAUCCACCGGGCUCUGCUCACCCAGAUAGAGCAGAGGCUGGAGAUGUCUGGAGUGUCAGGGGUGAGGCUGGUGCUGGGAGAGUGUGUGAAGGAGCCUGAGACAGCGCCCCCUGCAGACCCGGAGCUGCGCUGCACAGACUCUGUCCAUAACUAA